AUGGCCACCAAAGAGGCAAAUCACAAGGACAUGUUUCCAUGGCUGCAUGCGAGGAUGGAGGAGAGCAUCAGCAGCAGCAGCUCCUGCUGGUCAGGCAGCCCCCGGGCGAGUGGCUACAGGGCGUCACUGUACGUGGCGGGGGCGAUGGGGGCGUUGGUGGCUGCGUGGGUCACGCGGGCCUUCGGCCGCCGGCCGACCAUGGUCGCCGGCGGCGCCGCUUCCUUGGCCGGGUCGAUCCUGUCCGCGGCCGGGUCCACCGUAUGGACGCUCCUGCUCGGCCGCGUCCUGUUAGGCUUCGGCGUCGGCUUCGCCAACCAGGCAAUUCCACUGUACUUAUCGGAGAUGCCCCCCCCGGACAGCCGAGGAGCAAUCAACAAUGUCUUUCAGCUUAGUUAUGACAUUGGUUUGUUCCUCGCUGAUCUCAUUAUCUUUGGUGUUGAAAGACCAAGAGAGAGCUGGGGAUGGCGUAUCUCUCUUGGUAUGGCUGCUGCUCCAUCUCUCUUCCUCACGCUUGGUGCUCUCUUCAUCCCUGAGACGGCAAACAGCAUCAUCCAAAGGGACAUUGACUUCCACAGGGCAGUGAAGACUCUCCAGACAACACGAGGCACCCCAGAUAUCCUAGCAGAAUUAAAUGAUAUAAUGGCUGCUGGCGACGCUCAAGUAACUACUAACCAAUCCUUCUAUAGGAUUACUCGAUACGAGUAUAGGCCUCAACUCGUAAUGGCGAUCGCAAUCCCAUUCUUCCAACAAGUAAUAGGAUUCAAAUUGGUGGCUUUCUACAUUCCUAUCUUGAUUCGAAACAUCGGUUUUGGCAAGAAUUCGUUCCUCAUGUCAGCAUUUGUGAUAGGACUUACAAGCACCACCUCUACUAUGGUGUUAAUGGCCGUCAUCGAUAGAAUUGGUCGACGCGCUAUGUUUACGUUUGGAGGCAUACAGAUGCUCGUCUCACUGGUGACCAUUGGUAGAGUGAUGAUGACCCAACUCAGCGAUGACAAUGUGAUUAGUAGAGGCUAUGCAUGCUUUGCCUUGUUCUUGGUUUGUGUUUAUCUUAUGGGCUUUGGAUGGUCUUGGGGACCUUUAGGAUGGUCGGUCCCAAGUGAGAUUUUCCCUCUAGAGAUCAGAUCCGCAGGGCAAAGCAUUGUGGUGGCAGUGUGGUUUCUGUUUGCAUUUGUUAUAGCCGAGACCUUUCCCACUUUGCUUUGCCGACUUAAGGCUACCAACUUCUUCAUCUCUGGGGGCUGGCUGGCAAUGGUGAUUGUAUUCAUUCAUUUAUUUUUGCCGGAGACCGGGGGAAUAGCAAUGGAACGGAUGGAUCGGGUGUGGAAGGAACAUUGGUUCUGGAAGAAAACUGCUGCUGUUGAAGCAACCCAGGAUGACUGUUUUGAUGAUAUUACAUAA